AAUAGAAUAACAGCCACCAGAACCAGAAUACAUCGACUCACCAGAAACAAACAAAACCCUACCGAGUCACAGUGAGUGAGCGAGCGAAUGAUGAACACCCUACCGAGUUCGUCCUCUAAGAUCGCCGUCGACAAGUUCCUUGUUUCACCUUUUCUUAAUAGACCCGAACCUCGUGUUUUACGGUCGCAGAAAGUUUCUGAUUUCGGGUUCUUGCAUUUGAUAACUGUGCAGCACAAGGCCAUACACCCGGUGGUUGCUUGUCUCUCAUCGGAAACCCAGGGAGCGUUGGAAACUGAAGAAACUGAUCCAUCGAAGAGUGUUCAUGUCAAAUUCCAGUUACAGAAAGAAUGCAUGUUUGGUGAGCAAUUUCUCAUGGUGGGGGAUGAUAUGAUGUUCGGCUUAUGGGACCCUUCAAGUGCAAUACCAUUGAAUUGGUCAGAGGGGCACGUAUGGACUGUGGAGCAGGAUAUACCUAUUGGAAAAUCAAUCCAUUUCAAAUUCAUACUAAAAGGAAGUACUGGAAAAAUCUUUUGGCAACCCGGCCCAGAUCGAAUUUUUCAGACAUGGGAAACUAGGAAUACAAUCACUGUUUGUGAAGAUUGGGACAAUGCUGAACUUCAGAAAAUAAUAGAGGAAGAACAAUUUGCUGAUCAGAAUGAACAACUAACGGUUAACGCUGAAAUGUUGAUUGUUGCUGAGAACUUGACUCAACCAAACGAGGAAUUGGUAUCAGUCAUUGCUGACUGCAAUACAUUUCCUGCAGAAAUAUCAAUUGUGGAACCACACAAGAAACAAAUUGUUGCUGAUAACAUUGCUCCUUCACCAGAGAAUUCUCCUGCAGAAAUAUCAAUUGGGGAACCACACAAGGAACAAAUUGUUGCUGAUAACAUUGCUCCUUCACCAGAGAAUCCCAAAGCUAUUGUUGCAGAUAAUAUAAGUUACUUAAAGGAGGACCCCAACGUGAAUGCUAGUAGCAAAGUGUUUAGUGAAAUGAUAAUUACUGAUCCAAUCGAGGAAUUCACGGCUAUCCCAUACAAGGAUUCAGUAAUAGUAGAGAACAUUCUUGGAAGUAAUGGCAGACCUCCGACAGUCAAAAACCUGAGAAGCACAGACAUUGAGGAAAACCCGAUUAACGAUCCGGUACUGGUUUCUGGCUUGACUCCAUUGUCAAGAGUGCCAGCUGAAGAAGCAAGCCAAGAUGAAAGUGAGAAAAGAAUUACAGAAGCCUCUGCUGCAACCCAUGAAGCUAAGAAUCACAACAUGCAGGAAGGAAACCAAGAUGAAAGUGAGCAAAGAAUUGCAGUUGAUGCCCCAUUGGGAGCCUCUAAAGCUAAGGAUCACAUAGUGCCAGAGUUGGAGGAGAAGCAAGAACAGGGUGGUGACCACCCACCUCAAGUAGCACCAAGAGAAAUUAACAAUGAUGAGGAAGAACAGCUUGCUAAUGGAUUUAAACAAAAGCGUCAUGUACCAAAAAGAGAAGAGCAGCCUCAAUCAGAGCCAAUCGACAAUAAGAUCUUGCAAAGUGACAUUCAAUGGGGCCGCAAAACGCUACAGAAGCUUCUAACUAGUUUAGGAUUGCUUUAGCAUCAACUUUUAAUGUGCUGGCAUUCAGUUUGGUUUGUUGUCAUUGUUGUGUGUACAGAUCAAGUUUGUUGCCUCAGCCUGAUAUUUGUUGUAUUCUAUGGUGUGAAGAGUGCUCAGGUUGUGAAUUUCCCUUACGAUUCUGUAAAUUUUUUUGGAAGAUACUAAUAAUGGUGAUUGUAAUUAUGCUAUGCAGUGAAAAAGCAGGUAAAAUUUUGACUAAA